AUGGGAGAAGCCAUAGAUUUGAGAGUGCUUAUGGAUCAUGACAAAGAACAGGACAAAGAAUUUCAUGCAAUGCUAAUGGCUCCCAAAAUGCCAAAGGCAGUGAAACCAGUCAUUGCAGCUGAUGGUGACAAUGUUAGGCGGCCUCGAGGGAGGCCAGCAGGCUCCAAAAACAAACCAAAACCACCCAUUAUCGUCACUCGAGAAAGUGCUAAUGCGAUAAGAGCCCAUGCAAUGGAGGUGAGUUCAGGUUGCGAUGUGAACGAGAGCUUAGCUAACUUUGCAAGGAAAAAGCAGCGUGGCAUUUGUGUGCUUAGUGGGAGUGGGUGUGUGACUAAUGUUACACUCAGACAACCAGCUUCAUCAGGUGUAAUUGUUACUCUGCAUGGCCGAUACGAGAUUCUCUCCUUGCUUGGAUCGAUCCUGCCCCCUCCAGCCCCACCGGGGAUCACGGGGCUAACCAUUUACCUGGCUGGCGCUCAGGGACAGGUUGCUGGUGGAGUGGUAGUUGGUGCACUCAUUGCAUCCGGUCCCGUUCUGGUCAUGGCUGCAUCCUUCAUGAACGCCACCUUCGAUCGUUUACCAUUGGACGAAGAUGAAGUUGCAACAGCAAUGCAGAACCAAUAUGGUCACCAUAAUGGUCCACAUCAUCAGCCCGACGAAUCCGAUCUGUAUGGGAUGCCGCAGAACUUGAUCACCAAUGGAACUACACCUCCUGAGAUGUACCCUUGGGCACCAGGACGAACCAUGUCAAAAACCUAA